CAGCAGGCGGAGGUAGAUGCAGAGCAACAGCCUGUCACUCGCUAUGGACCUCUUCCUCGCACUCAGGGGGCUGCACCGUCGAAUAUGCGAGCGUAUCAGGGCCACGAUGCUGACUCCGACGUCGAGUCUGACGACGCGGGGGGAUUCAGCGAUGUCGAGGAGCACUGGGAAGAGGAGGAGAUUGGGUUGGAAGAUGAGGCGGCUCUGGCGAGGUUCAUGAAUCCCGAGGCCGCCUCUCAGCAGCAGCGCACGCUCUCAGACAUAAUCAUGGAGCGGAUCAGGGAGAAGCAGGAAGCUGGUGGCAUGCCUGCUAUACCAGAGGAUGAAGAGGGUCCAGGCAUGGUCCCUGGAGGCAUAAAGCCGGAGCUUGUGGAGCUGUACAAGGAAGUGGGCAAGAUCCUGAGGCGGUUCACCACCGGAAAAGUGCCCAAGGCAUUUAAGAUCAUCCCGAAGCUGGAGAACUGGGAAGAUGUGCUGUUCCUGACAGAUCCCGAGGGCUGGAGCCCGCAUGCGACCUACCAGGCGACGCGCAUGUUUGUUUCGAAUUUGAAUGCGAAGAUGGCGCAGCGCUUCAUGGCCCUGGUGCUGCUGCCGCACGUGCGCAGGGACAUCAGCGACAACCGCCGUCUGCACCACGCGCUCUUCCAGGCCCUCAAGAAGGCCGCCUACAAGCCCGACGCCUUCUACAAGGGCCUGCUGCUGCCGCUGUGCCAGUCGGGGACGUGCACUCUGCGCGAGGCCGUCAUUCUUUCGUCGGUGCUGACGCGGGUGUCGCUGCCGAUGCUGCACUCGGCUGCCGCGCUGGCACGCCUGGCCGGCAUGGCCUACUCUGGCGUCAACUCCUUCUUCAUCCGUGUGCUGCUGGACAAGAAGUACGCGCUGCCCUACAGGGUCAUCGAUGCGCUGGUGGACCACUUUCUCGGCUUCCGCAAGGAGGAGCGCCAGCUGCCCGUCGUGUGGCACCAGUCCCUCCUCACCUUCGUGCAGCGGUACAAGCAUGAAAUCCGCGCGGAGGAUAAGCAGCUGCUGCACAAGCUGAUCAGGCGACAGUUCCACUACCUGGUCACACCAGAGGUCCACCGAGAGCUGGAGGCCUCCAGGUCUAGAGGCGAGAAGAGCAAAGCCGGUGCCAUGGAGGUCCAAGCCCGUGUGAGCAGCAAGGUCACAGAGAACAUCAGGGAGCUGCCGCCAGUAUUGCUUAUGGAGGAGGACUGAUCGGGACUUAUGUUGAGGCCAGCAGCAGGGAUAGGAGCAGCAUUGCGUGCAAGUUAUCUGUGCCUCAAGGACACCUUUUGGUUUGGAUUAUGCGUUGGCGAAUAUGCUUGCAGCAUUGCACAUUUGAGAUAGCAAACAGCCAGGGAUCUACUGCGGGGUUGGGAGCCCCUGAGUGUGUAACGCGUUUGACAUGCU